UUCCUCUCUCGCGCGUACACAUUCCUCCGGUGAUUUUAGGACAAUGGACUGCAUGGUUUCUCCUCCGACGGACUCGUGCAACCCGAACGUCAACGACAACCUCCUCGGCUGCACCCCCAUGAGCGGCAAGUGCUCCUCCGUCGUCCAGAGCUCCCACGCCCCCUCGGCCAUGGCCUCCUCCGACGCCACCCUCGGCCGCCACCUCGCCCGCCGCCUCGUCGAGAUAGGCGUGGCCGACGUGUUCUCCGUGCCCGGGGACUUCAACCUCACCCUUCUCGACCACCUGAUCGCCGAGCCCGGGCUCAACAACAUUGGCUGCUGCAAUGAGCUUAACGCCGGGUACGCCGCCGAUGGCUAUGCGAGGGCUCGCGGGGUCGGCGCCUGCGUCGUCACCUUCACGGUCGGCGGGCUUAGCAUCCUCAAUGCGAUUGCCGGGGCCUACAGCGAGAACCUCCCCAUUAUCUGCAUCGUGGGAGGGCCAAACACGAACGACUACGGCUCCAAUAGGAUCCUACAUCACACCAUCGGAUUGCCGGAUUUUAGCCAAGAACUGCGGUGCUUCCAGACCGUCACAUGUUAUCAGGCAAUAGUCAAUAAUUUGGAGAACGCGCACGAACAGAUCGACCGAGCCGUUUCGACGGCCCUGAAAGAGUGCAAGCCUGCGUACAUAAGCAUCAGCUGCAAUUUGCCAGGCAUUCCUCACCCAACUUUUAGCAGAGAGCCAAUCCCAUUUGCUCUGUCGCCGAUAAUGAGCAAUGAGUUGGGGCUGGAGGCUGCUGUCGAGGCCACGGCCGCCUUCCUUGACAAUGCAGUGAAGCCUGUCCUGAUAGGUGGACCGAAGCUCCGAGUUGCGAAUGCCUGCGAUGCGUUUGUUGAGUUGGCGGAUGCGUGCGGUUACCCCAUUGGAGUAAUGCCGUCUGCGAAAGGCCUUGUGCCCGAACACCACCCUCACUUCAUUGGCACGUACUGGGGGGCUGUCAGCACUGCCUUCUCCGCUGAGAUCGUCGAGUCCGCAGAUGCCUACCUGUUUGCCGGGCCUAUCUUCAAUGACUACAGCUCUGUGGGCUACUCGCUCCUCCUCAAGAGGGAGAAGGCGAUCAUUGUGGAGCCCGACCGGGUGGUCGUCGCCAAUGGCCCCGCUUUUGGUUGCAUUCUGAUGAAGGACUUCCUGCAGUCCCUCGCGAAGAAGCUCAAGUUCAACUCCACUGCCUAUGAGAACUACCGAAGGAUCUACGUUCCCGAGGGGAUCCCUCUCAAAUGUGACCCCGACGAGCCCUUGAGGGUGAACAUUCUCUUCCAGCACAUACAGAAGAUGCUUUCGCAGGACACGGCCGUGAUUGCUGAGACCGGAGAUUCCUGGUUUAACUGUCAGAAACUCAAGUUGCCCGAAGGAUGCGGGUAUGAGUUCCAAAUGCAGUAUGGAUCAAUCGGGUGGUCCGUUGGCGCUACGCUUGGAUAUGCACAGUCGGUGCCGGACAAGCGAGUCAUUGCUUGCAUCGGUGACGGGAGCUUCCAGGUGACGGCACAGGACAUCUCAACUAUGAUACGAUGUGGCCAAAAGACCAUUAUCUUCUUAAUAAAUAACGGCGGGUACACGAUAGAAGUUGAAAUCCAUGAUGGUCCAUACAAUGUGAUCAAGAACUGGAACUACACUGGCUUGGUGGACGCCAUCCACAACGGUGAAGGAAACUGCUGGACCGCAAAGGUGCAUUGCGAGCGGGAACUUGUGGAUGCAAUUGCGACAGCUACGGAGGAGAAGAAGGAUUGCUUGUGCUUCAUCGAAGUUAUCGUCCACAAGGAUGACACCAGCAAAGAGUUAUUGGAAUGGGGUUCUCGGGUGUCUGCAGCCAACAGCCGUCCGCCGAAUCCGCAGUAGAACAACUGAGCUGAGAUUCCAAACUUCAUGAGUUUUUGCCGCUUCCCUAGUUUCAUCAUCUCCCCCUUUUAUUUCGAACUCCUGUUGCAUUGGCUUCAAUGGUCAGUUCUAGUCCAAACAAGAUUUAACCAUUGCAAUUAAAGCCGAAUAUUUCCUU